CCUAGCCAUCUGUUUACCUGCUGUCUGCCUCUGCCCCUACAGACAAAGAAUUCUCCCUCAGGCUCUGGUUUCAGCCUUGGCUUAGAUUUAGUUUGGCUAUUUUCGCCUCCAUGGCACCUUGACUCGUGCAGUUCAGCUGCUAGCAGCACCACUGACACUAAAUUGCCUUACCCCAAUGUCGUCAUCUGCUCUGAAGCACUAGAUCCAGGCUAUGUGUCCUCUAUUUCUGGGCCUCCUGGGGUUCAAUCUGGUGUCUUUGUUGCUGGAAUACAUCCUGAAGGCCUGAUUCACACCCGGUUGCCAACUUCUUUGCGCCCUCGAAUUGGUGAUAAAUUGGUGGCAAUCAACGACUAUUCGCUAGAUGGUAUUGGACCCACAGACAAUUUAGAGGUUUGUGAGUGGGUAAAUUUUGCAAAGUAG